CAGGACCGAUGGCACUGUGUGCUUGAAAGCCGUCGGCUCUAGGACCCGGCAGACCAGACUGCCACAGAGGCAUUGCAGACGGCGAAUUUGGGAGGUGUAGUGGAAGAAAGGCAAGAGAAACGGAGUAAAUGAGAUCACUUUUGUCCAGAUUAUUCAAGGAUUUAUCAACUUAAAAUACCACCGAAUCAGCUCACUAGAAUGAGACGGACACAUUGUUGAAAUCCUGUUCAGAUAACCAGGGCCUCGUGUGCUGGGGCAAGUGAAGAGAACUUGGAAAAACGAAGUGACUCUUCCUCUGGAAAUCCUGGAUCCUCUACCCUGUCCACCAACAUGACCAACGUGGUGAUCGUCAAGGAGGGAUGGCUGCAUAAAAGAGGAGAAUACAUCAAGACCUGGAGGCCAAGGUAUUUUCUUCUGAAGAGUGAUGGUACAUUCAUUGGCUAUAAAGAGCGACCUCAAGAUGUCGACCAGUUGGAAACUCCCUUAAAUAACUUCUCCGUCGCACAAUGCCAGCUGAUGAAGACAGAACGACCUAAGCCCAAUACAUUUAUCAUCCGAUGCCUGCAGUGGACCACUGUCAUCGAGCGCACCUUCCAUGUUGACACCCCCGAGGAGAGGCAAGUGAGAAACAUGGCAUUUUCGGCUCACAGAGAAGCAAAAGACAAAUUGUGUACAUGCAGGGUACACGUCCCUGUUGCUUACUUGGAAGCAUCGAAAUAA